AUGUCAAUGGAAUUCACCGGCAGCGAUUCACUGGAGAGUUUUUACGUGGGCGAUGUACUUCUGGCUGCAUUGGGCAAUAGUGUGACUGGCAAAUCCGAGUGGACCGGACUGACCAUCAAGGAUCCCUUUCAAUUGGAGCAGACAACGGUGAUUCUUGUCCAUGUGAAGGGAGUUUAUCGUGUGGCGACGCCGGGCAAUUACAUGGUAUACGAACUGCUUGAUUCGGACACCGCGAAUUCGAUUGAUAAUUUCAUAGCACAGCUGGAGCCCGGCACAGUUAACGAUUUCAAUUUUAUUAAUCAUAAUCUGGGUGUCUUAACGUACAGGUCCUAUUUUGGAAAUCAGGACGUGCCCAUGGCCGAGCCCAUACGUUUCUUAAACCCUCGCGAUUAUCUGAGCCAUCAGAAUUUUCUCGAGGAGGUCGGCUAUAUGAAUGCCAUUGCGGGGAACUUGAGCGGCCUGCUAAAGUCCUCGCAGGUGAUCGUCUUUCGCCUAUCGCUGGAUCGCAUUGCCAAGGUGACCAAAUACACCAUACUCUUUGAGGCCAAGCAACUGGUCGCCGCAGCGAUUGCAGAUCUCCUGGCCGCUGCGAGGAAUAUCAGCAACACCUUGCUUUUCGUGCAGACCACGGACAAGCAGAUGUCUGCAAGCAGCUUGAGACACGGCAAUAAGUCGCAAAACUCGACAAAUCCGUUCAAAAAAUUCAAUGGUUUCGAUUAUCCGAUUAUAUGCAACAUUGUGGUAUGGCUCAGUCUGGCAUAUACGCUCUCGCUCGCAGUCAUUUGCUAUGUAAUUGUCAAUAUCGAUCCUGGCAGGGAUUCAAUCAUCUAUCGCAUAAGCUCUGUCCACAAUUUCCGCUCAGACGCAAAUCAACAUAAGAAGAAGCACUAA